GUGGACCAGGUCUGAUGGGUCCUCCGGGACCUGAAGGAAUUGUGGGAAUUCCAGGGCAAAGAGGUCGCCCAGGGAAAAAGGGUGAUAAAGGACAAAUAGGUCCCACCGGAGAAAUGGGAAGCAGAGGUACUCCUGGACAAACUGGGGAAAGUGGUCCUAAGGGUGCCAGAGGAACAAGAGGUGCUGUGGGACAUUUAGGAUUGAUGGGACCUGAUGGAGAACCAGGAAUUCCAGGAUAUAGGGGCCACCAGGGCCAGCCAGGCCUUUCUGGGUUGCCAGGACCUAAAGGAGAAAAGGGUUUUCCAGGAGAAGAUAGCACAGUGCUAGGACCGCCUGGGCCUCGAGGUGAACCAGGUCCUGUGGGGGAACAAGGAGAGAGAGGAGAGCCUGGAGCAGAGGGCUAUAAGGGUCACAUGGGUUUACCAGGACCAAGAGGCGCUACAGGACAACAAGGGCCCCCCGGUGAGCCAGGUGACCAGGGUGAGCAAGGACUAAAAGGAGAGAGAGGAUCUGAAGGUCCGAAGGGAAAAAAAGGAACUCCUGGCCCUUCUGGGAAACCUGGGAUUCCUGGUCUUCCAGGCCUACCUGGGCCAAAAGGCAUGCAAGGAUACCACGGAGCCAAUGGCAUUUCAGGAAACUCUGGAAAAGUUGGGCUACCAGGAAAACAGGGACUUCCUGGCACCAGAGGCAGCCCAGGAGGAGCAGGACUGGCUGGGUCUCCGGGUCCUCGAGGAGCCAAGGGGUCAUCAGGCCUUCCAGGAAGCCCAGGGGUUCCGGGCCCAAAGGGUGAACAAGGACUACCUGGUCAGCCUGGAAUUCAAGGUAAAAGAGGUCACCGAGGAGCACAAGGUGAUCAAGGACCACGUGGAGAGCCUGGCCUGAAAGGGCAGCCUGGAGAACAUGGUGUCCAAGGUCUGACAGGUUUCCAAGGAUUCCCAGGCCCCAGGGGUCCAGAGGGAGACACUGGCAUAGUUGGAAUAUCAGGUCCUAAAGGUCCUGUGGGACAGAGAGGAAACACUGGCCCCUUUGGCAAAGAAGGUAUAAUAGGCCCAACAGGUAGAACUGGACCCAGAGGUGAAAAAGGCUUUAGAGGUGAAACUGGUCCCCAAGGGCCAAGAGGUCAACCAGGGCCUCCAGGUCCACCUGGAGCACCUGGUCCAAGAAAACAAAUGGAUAUCAAUGCUGCUAUUCAAGCCUUGAUUGAAUCACAUACUGCCCUGCAGAUGGAGAGCUACCAGAAUACUGAAGUGACUUUAAUUGACUAUGGCGCAGAGAUAUUCAAAACCCUGAACUACCUUAGCAAUUUACUGCACAGCAUCAAGAAUCCUCUUGGCACACGAGAUAACCCAGCACGAAUCUGCAAAGAUUUGCUUAACUGUGAACACAAAGUAUCAGAUGGAAAAUACUGGAUUGAUCCAAAUCUUGGAUGCCCUUCAGAUGCAAUUGAGGUUUUCUGCAAUUUCAGUGCUGGUGGUCAGACAUGUUUAUCUCCUGUUUCUGUAACAAAGUUGGAGUUUGGAGUUGGAAAAGUCCAGAUGAACUUCCUUCACUUACUGAGCUCAGAAGCCACCCAUAUCAUCACCAUACACUGUCUAAACACACCAGUGUGGACAAGCGCUCGAUCAAGUGGCUCAGGAUUACCUGUUGGCUUCAAGGGAUGGAAUGGCCAGAUUUUUGAAGAAAACACUCUACUUGAACCUAAGGUGCUUUCAGAUGAAUGCAAGAUUCAAGAUGGCAGCUGGCAUAAGGCAAAAUUCCUUUUUCACACCCAGGACCCUAAUCAGCUUCCAGUAGUUGAAGUACAAAAACUUCCUCAUCUCAAAACUGAAAGGAAGUACUACAUUGAAAGCAGUUCUGUAUGCUUUCUCUAAGGUUUCUGAAUUAGUUCAGAAUUCUUGCUGUUGGCCAGGUAAUUGCUACAGAGGGAAAAGUAUAGACAGAAAGAUACUAUCAUUGUGAAAUGCAUGAAAUAAAGCAUUGGCUAAAUCUUAAAGAAUCUCAGGAAGAAAAGAUUUCCUCCUAAGAAGGAGAAAAGGCAUUUUUAAAGGACUAUAAUUGAUAAAGUAUUUAAUUCUUUUAAAAAUUAUAUUGAUCUGUGCUUUCUUAAGAGAAUUCCCUAGAACUGAAAAUUUAUAAACAUGGAAUUCUUCAGGGUAUCCUAUAUUUUUUGACUGAGAGCAACGUACCCAUUAGACAGCUGGAGGUGCAGAGCACAAUGGAGCAAUACUGGCUAAUGCUCCCAAAUGUGCAAUGCUUCUGUCUAAAAAUUCUAAGCCACAGUCUAAUAUGUCUUAUUUUCCCAAAUACUAAGCUGUAUUCAGGUCCCCAAUGGGCAUAUACAUCUUAGCCGGUGGUACACUACCUCUUACGUGUUGCCUUUUUGUGUUGCUUGGUGCUCUUCCUAAAACAGGUGCUUGUGGCUUUUUCAUAGACUAUUAUAUUUCUUUUUUCGUCUUUGUCAUUCUUGAAGAGUGU